AUGCCACCGAAACCAUUGACGACAACGACAGUGUUGGACAAAGGUGCGGACAUCAGCGACGUAGAGACCAACAUCGCCGACCAUGCUCCCGUACACCGCCUGCGGCACCGGCAACGGGUUGAAGCGCGCGCCAUGCCCUUGCUGCGGUCUGUGCUGGUCACAACACUGACAAUAGCUGCUGCUGCUGUGGUGCUAAGCAGCGUAGCGACAGCGGUGAUGAUGCUGUACGCUGGCUGGGCGACGACGGAAAGCCGUUCGUACUGGACUCUGUGAGGAAGGCAGAGAAGCUGGUGCUCGACAAAUCCUUCAAUCACGAGUACGCUGGAAUAGCAGGCGUGCCGGAGUUCACGAAGCUGUCGCUGGCGUUCGCGUACGGGAAGGACUCCCCUGCCCUCACGGAAAACCGUGUCGCUGGUGUACAGGUGAGAGGUGGAUAGUCGGUGUCCAUCCACGCUUUUGCCCCGCGGCGCUACGAUAGACCUGAAUGUCAGGAUUGUUGAAGCACGGGCACUUCGUCCAGUUUUACCUGCGCACCUGCUUGAUGUCGUUGAUUCGCUCAGAAUUUUUGCAAACCGUAGACCACCCCCCCCCUGACUCAAGUGGGUUGGUGCUGUUGGCAAAGCGCUGUAAAACACGCCACCCCAAAUAUAGCCCCAAUUGUAUGCGCUACUAAAGACGNCGCAAUCUAGACUUCAGUGGGUUGGUGCUGUUGGCAAAGCGCUGUAAAACACGCCACCCCAAAUAUAGCCCCCAUAGUAUGCGCUACCAAAGACGCGUGACGCAUGGAUGCGUGGAGUGAGGAUUGCUUACGGAAACCUCACAGGUUGAGUGAUGUAGGAGAUUGCCGGACACAUAGACGUGUUGAGUGACUUAUAGCUGUAUACUGAAACCCCACGGGUUGAGUGAGGUUCGAGAUUGCCAGACACAUGGACGGGUUGAGUGGGGAUAGCUGCAUACUGAAACCCCACGGAUUGAGUGAUGUUGGAGUGCCGGACACAUGGCCGCGUUGAAUGAGGAUAGACACAUAUUGAACCUCAGAGGUUGAUUUGUAUUGGAGAUUGCCGGACACAUAGACGUGUUGAGUGAGGAUAGCUGCAUACUGAAACCUCACAGAUGCAUUGUUUGCCAGACAAAUUGACGCGCUGCGUGGGGAUAGCUGCAUACUGA